CCUAUGGCAAAAGCAGCAGCAGCCUGAGGCCAGGGGAAUAUCCCCUCAGUAGGCAGCCCUGCAGAUGGCCCCAGCCUCAGGAACAUGCUGGCCUGAGCCCCGUGGGGACCCUAGCAGGGUUAUGGAGGGCUAAUACAAGAGAUGUGGAGAUAGAUGGGAGUUUGGGUCACUUAUAUCCCAACUGGGCUUUGAGAAGGGACCUCAAAGUAAAUUAGUGAACAACAAGCAACAUUGGUGCACAGGGAACAGCUUUUUGGCCACAAAAAAACCCACAAGUGUGUUAAUGGGAGCAAAGGAUGAGAAUAAACCCUCUCCUUCCACUGGAGAAUACUGAUGGGAACCGCCUGCCUCUUAUAAUAGCUUUCCUAGCCAUCGUCUGCAUUUGUGCAGCACUCUCAUUUACUUAGACUGAGCAGUGGUCGGCACCAUUUUGCAUGUUUUUAUUUUCCCCAUUUUCCAGAAGAAGAUGCAGACCAAAGAGUUAAUCACUUUCCUGAGGAUGCAGGACUCGGCUUUUCUGACGCAGGCCCCAUAUUCUUUCUGCUCUGGUGCAUGCCCCUCCUAGCUUUCGUCCACCCAUGCUGAGACCAGAGCUCCAGGAUGAGAAGGAUACUCACACAGUGGCUGCCCUGCCCAGGGCUGUACCACAGGCUCUUGGCCCAGGAUCUCUGAUCUCUGCUAAGCCUGAACUACAACAAACAGCUCAGGAAAGCAACACAGAAGCAAGCCCUGGACCCUGAGAGAAGAAAGUUCUUGUACCAAGGUUGGAUCUGGCCCAGACAGGAGGGACAGAGACUGGAGGGAAGGAGCUAACAAGAUGAGAGAGGCCAGGCUUGUCCAUGAAUGGCUCCAUCAAGUGUUGAUCGGCGUGGGCACUGAGACCUUCCUCCAGGGCCAGUUCAAAAGCCUGGCUUUCUAUCUGCUGUUUACAGGAGCCGCUGUCUCCAUAUGUGAAGGGGCCUACUUUGUGGCUCAGCUGCUGGCCAUCUGCUUCCAGUGUCAACCAGGGUCCCUGGCAGACAGAGUAAGGGAGAAAGCCCACUGGCUGGGCUGCUUCCAGAAGUUCCUGACCUACCUGCUGCUGUCGGUGGCCUGCUUCCUCCACCCGGUCCUGGUCUGGCACGUGACCAUCCCAGGCUCCAUGCUCAUCAUCACCGGCCUGGCCUACUUCCUUCUGAGCAAGCGGAAGAAGAGGAAAGCUGCCCCCGAGGUGCUGGCCUCCCCAGAGCAGUACACAGACCCCUCUAGCAGCGCUGUGAGCACCACUGGCUCUGGGGACACAGAGCAAACCUACACUUUCCAUGGGGCCCUCAAGGAGGGGCCCAGCUCCCUUUUCAUCCACAUGAAGAGUAUCCUGAAAGGGACCAAGAAGCCCAGUGCCCUCCAGCCCCCCAACACCCUGAUGGAGCUGAGCCUGGAGCCAGCCGACUCCCUGGCCAAGAAGAAGCAGGUGCACUUUGAAGACAACUUGGUCCGCAUAGUCCCCUCCCUCGCCGAAGGUCUGGAUGAUGGGGACAGUGAGCCAGAGGAGACCACCUCUGACACGACACCCAUCAUUCCCCCUCCCCAGGCCCCGCUCUUCCUGUCAUCUCUUACAGCCACCGGCCUGUUCUGAGCGCUUGCUCCAGCCUGGAGGAUGCUCAGUGAGGGGUCUACCUAGCUCAAUGGCCCUCCCUGGAGUUUCAGGGUCUUCUCUGGUCAGCUUUUCAAGGGGUAACCAGACACCCCCAUGCUGGCUGGGCCCCUGAGGCCAUCAGGAGGUGUGACUGGCCAGCAUUUCUGCAGAGGCCUCGAGGGAGGCACAAACAAGGCUCACGCCACCUCAAGCCAGCACAAGCUCCUUCCUCCUGGCCACAGGUGGGGAAACCCUUAUGCUUCCCCAACAAGACCAUCACUGCCACUGCGCACGGGGCUGCAGGUGCCAUUGACUCAGCCCAGAAGGGACAGAGGAUGUCUGCCCAGCAAAAGCCUCUGGGCUUUUCUUACUCCUGACCCAGGGCACAACACUCAGUGAGGAACCUAUGGUCCACCCAUCUCUGCAGGCCCAGGAAAGUGUCAGUAACUUAAGCAUCUCUAAGGCAGAGAAGGUGGCUGUGGGUCUUGACCAACCAAGACUGCUCAGGGUCGGGAAGGGAGGCUGCAGGCCUCUGGUGGGAGCAGCCGGGCCGUGGGCCACAUUCUCUGCAUGCUCUAGGGCUGGGGCUGAGCUGCUCAGGAAAACAAUGCCACUCUGUGCUCACUGUGGGAAAGCCAGGCCAGAUGAGCAAAGCUCAUUCCAGAAACAUGGCUGGGGACUUCCAGCCUCCUUACCACAUGGCCUUUCCAAGAUUCCAGGUUGAUGAUGCAAACUGAAAGCAGUGAAUGCCAGGGCCCAGAAGGCAAUGUCUGCUGUGUGCAGGACCACAGAGGCUGCCCAGGGGUGGCACAGCACAGAGAAGUGGCAGUGCCAUGUUUAGGCACUUGGUAGCAGAAUAGGUGAUAAAUAUAAAUUUCUUCAAAAUGAAAGGAAGUGAGGGGGGAAGAAGAGGAGGGAAAAUGGGAGGAUAGGAGGAAGUGGGCAGACAGGCAAGUUCUCUGCCAUGGGGCCACGGAAUUGACAGUUAACCCAGAAGGAACAAAGACAUCUGAAUCAGAUAUUUCUUUGUAAAUCUGUAAAGGAUUUGCAAUAUAGGCUUUACUUCUAAAAAUUGUUGUCGGGUCCAUGAGGCUGUUGCCAGGAAGAGCAGACACACCAUUCUUCAUGGCAACUGCAGUAAGGGAGCAGUCAGGAGGAAGAGUCCUGUGGCUUCUCAGUCCCUGUGGAGGCUAACGCAAAGCUCUGUAGAACAAGCCUUAGAGUGCACGCUCUACGGUCUAAUGAGAAACUUGUGUUUGUGCUUGCACACGUUUCAAUGUUCCCUACGGGAUAUUUUACAAAGGUAUGAAAAUAAUGGCCAACCAGAAGCUAGUAUCAGUUUGGGGCCUAAAUGAAGCAGGUGUUCCUGAUAAGCAGAUAAGCAGAGCUCUUCCUGCAGUAGCCCAGGUCUCACCAAUCAAAUGACAAAUGGCUAAUCAAGACACUCCUGCAAGCCCUCGACGGUGAGAGCUGCAGAGCUGCUUCUUCAGCUGCCAUCAAGGCAGGACCUCAGGACCUGACUGUCUACAGUCAGGGAAUAGUGAACAAUAUGGGAUAUGGGUACAGGUAGGUGGUAGGCAAGGAUCGUGCCCCAUGGCUGAUGGGCCGGGUGUCUCAGGCAGGCCCCCUGUGCACAGAAAGAGCCUAAGUGCAGAGAAGCCAGGCGUCUUUCCCCUGUCAUCUGUGGAAGGGGAAUGCGAUGGCCACAGACACCCUCAUGGCACAGACAUGGCCAGCCUCUGACGUUCCUGUGCAUCAGAGUAGUUCUGUCCUCGAAGCCCCAGUCAGCAGAGCUGGAUGACCAGGUCGCAAGAAGCAAACCAGAAAGUGUGAUGGCAGAGCUGUCAGAUCCCGUUUAAUAAACACUUCAGUAAACCCAAGUGUGGAGUGUUGUUUUGGGUGUGUUUUAGAGAUGUGUGUUAGGAGCACCCUUUUGGAGGUGUCUUAGUGUGUGCUGGGAGUUCCAGUGAUGAUGCGAUCGAAUUCUGAGGCACGUAGGCUUCCUGGAGAUUGUCAUCAGUUAAGAGAGUGUCUGCUGGUGUGCAGCAUUACAGGACAAUUAUGAUCUUACCUAGGUUAGUAAAGUUCUCAAACACUCUUAUGGCUACAAAACAAAAAACAAAAAGCUGGAGUGAGAUCAUUAAAUAGGCCAGAACUCUCACCCAUCAGUGGACCAAGCAAGAAAGUGGCAUCUUCCUCAUAAGCAGAUGAGCACCACGUGUCUCCAUUGAUUCUCAGCCUGUGACCUCUAUGACCACAUCUUGUCCAGUAGGAUCCCUGCAAAGCAGAUGUUGUAAUGAUCUGCAUCCUUGACAAGAAGCAAAGACUAGAAGGACUGGGCCUGCCAUGAUCCCCCUCCCUGCCUCAGCAGAGAGGGGAGCAUUUUGUAUAUGAAGAACAGAGUGACAGGAAGAAGAAAGAGCACCAGGCUGAGCACCAUUCGACCUCCACUAAUACACGUCUGACCUUGUUCAAGCCCCUUCGCAUCUCUGGCUCAGGUUCCCCUAUUAAGUGGGAAUCACAGCGGUAACUCAACAAGACAUGGGCAAGUGCUUUUCAGAACUACAAACAAGUCACUGUGAUUGCACCACAUCCCUAUCCCUACGGGGGACUCGCCGUGAGGGGGCACUGAGGAAGCACCACCCUGACUUACGUCUGUGGCAAGGCCAGUUCAGGUCCAAGAGCUCCUGUCUCCACUCCAGGUUCCAGGGCUAGAGCCUGGGGAGGGUACAGCCCCCAAUGCCUACCUCAGAGAAAACUCAU